AAAUUUUCAUUGCGAAUGUCAGAUAGAUGGAAAAAAACAAUGUGAGUGAUAAGUGGAAAUAUGGCUAAAUCUAAAAGUUGAAUUUUAUAAAAGUGGUACAAAUAUAAAAGUACUUCUCAAUUUAAUUUCCUUGGAAAUCAAAUGUAUCAAACAAAAAUGACGCAUGUAGAGAAAUUACCCAGUCGCCCUGGUAAGGAAGCUAUACAUUCGGGACACUUUAUGGUCUCGCAUUUUGAGGCUGAGGGUCAGGAUGAUUUUGACGACCUAGCCGUACCUAUACCUGAAGAAGAGCAAAACGUACAAAAAGUAUCAACAGUGGCAACCUACACAUUACCUUCUGAAAAAGUUCAACAUUACACUGUAGAAGAAAGUAAACAACAUCAACUACUUUCUAUUGAAAUAUCUCUUACAAAAUUGUUUAAAUGUAUGACUUUGGCAUAUAGACAAAAACUAACUUCUCCAAAAUGGAAUCGUUUCAAAGGUAUAAAACUACGGUGGAAGGACAAAAUAAGAUUGAACAAUGUCAUAUGGAGGUGCUGGCAUAUGCAGUUUAUAAAGAAACAGAACACGUUAGUCUGCCAAUUUGCGUCCCCAUUGGAUGUUGAUACACACGUAAAACCAGAAACAACUAUAUUGGAGGGAAAGUAUUGGAAGAGACGAGCAGAAGCAGUAAUAGCAGAGUAUAAAAAAUGGCGCAUGUUUCAUAUUAUGAGACUCCUUGGCAAGGGGGACACCUCUGUCCAGGAUUCGGUAAAUAUGUCGGACAUGGACACAGUCGAGUCUCAAUGCAGCGACUUCGCAGCCAACAUGCUCACAGACGAGGACUACCUCAACUUCAUGAGUGACACACUCUUCUCAACCAUCACAAGCCAUCAACCCUUUGCUUUCCCCGAUUGCAGGGAAAUUGCAAGAGGCGCAAGCUUAGCUGAUUUCAUUCAACCAAGCUUAGGUCCUCUGCAACCAAAUCUCGAUGAUUUUAUGGACACACUCGAACCACUCCAGGAUCUUCUUUUGACACCUCGAUUGCCGCCAGUUCCAGAAGAGCCUUCGAUCCCAUCCGAAGACACUUUAUACAGGAGUGGAAUGUCAGUAGAUUCUUAUAAUCCACAGAACUAUAUUGCUGAAAGUCAUAAUACUUCAGUCACAAUGCCUACCAGUCAGAUGACUAUUCAUGGUACCAGUAGCAAUGCACAGCUGAUGUCGAUAAAUCAUCAGCAGAUUAAGAAUGAGCAAAUACAAAUGUAUGACAAUAGUCGUCUGUUCGCGUCCGCAGAUCUGCCAAAUAAUAUGCUCGGUCAACAGGAGAUGUUGCCGACAUAUUCACAGGGUACUUACGAUCAGACUGUGUCACAGCCGGAGACACAGAUCCAUGGUAACGUUUACAAUGAUAAGACUUCCAGGGUGCAGUAUGGAAACACGCAGCCCAAAAUUAUUGCUCACCAGGAGAAUUGCUACCCGAAAUACAGUGCUGCUUUGCCGCCGUCUCAGACCGCGCCAGAGACGGUGUCUCUUCUGCAGCAGCCCGUGCAGAAUUCCAAGUACGCUUCAACGGUCGUUAUCCAAGGUCGGGGAGGGUUCAGCCGAGAGAAACCACGCUCCCGAAUGUCGCACUACACGGGGCAGAUUACCAACCAUUAUCAGAACUACCCGCAAAUGCAGAACCAACAGAGUUUCGAGUCCCGCCCGCGACCUUCGCCACCUCAGAUGCAGUACCUUCAUCCGAAUGUGGAAUUCAAAUCUAAAUCUUCACCGACGGGCUCGCGACCGUUUAAGCUUCCGUCGCCGCCACUAGUUCCGGUGACGACGCAACAGGUACAGGUCUCCGCGGGCACCAGUGUCUCAGUCGGUUCCAACAAGUCGUCUAAGGAACAGUAUCGGUCUCACAGUCUACCGCUCGGGUCUCAGCUCGGCGCGGACUGGUUGGUGACAGCGCCCGCCGCGGCGCCCACACACCACGCUCAUGAUACAUCCGCUACCACCGCUCACCACCCACGGAGUCGUGAGUGUACCCCGGGAGCGAUCCGCAUGAGGUCCCGCUCGACCUCGGGGGCGACGGUGGAGGCGCCGGGAGCUGUGGUCGGGUCGUCGGGGACCCCGCGCCGCCACCCCCCGCCGCUCACCAGCGUGGCUUCUGAGCCGACGCUGCCUCAAGCCAGCGUUAUGUUGGCACAGCUCCUCUCCUCCCAGCACUCCCAGAGUCUGUAUAAACUGAACAGUGCCGUGGAGGAAGCCGGCGGAGGGAAUGACCCUAUGAAGUCUCCAGUUCUAAAAGGACAGCACUCUCCUAUCGGCAGCGAUAUUAUUUCGCCUCAUCAUUCGAGGGCGCAGUCCCUGUCCCCGCCGACGUCCCCGUGCUCGGAGCGGGGCGGGUCCCCCCGGGAGCCUCGUCGGACCCACCUGCACGCUGAACAGAAGAGACGGUACAACAUCAAGAACGGCUUCGACACGCUGCAGGCUCUCAUACCACACCUCAACACUAACCCCACCGCCAAGAUAAGUAAAGCGGCCAUGUUACAGAAGGGCGCCGAAUACAUAAAACAGCUGAAGGCGGAGAGGCAGCAGAUUAAAGAGGAAAUGGAGAGUCUUAGACAACAGAUAGAGUGCUUAAACAAUUCUAUAUCUAACUGUCACUCGUUGCUGCCGGCGACCGGAGCGCCAGUGUCCCGAGGUCGCGCCGGGCGUCUGCGAGAAAUGUUCGCGGCACACGUGGCCGUGCGGACAGCACACAACUGGAAGUACUGGCUCUUCAGCGUAGUGAGCGCGGCGCUAGUGGAGUCCUUCAGCUCGUGCGUGUCGUGCAGCAGUGCGGCAGACCUCGUGCGGACCACGCUACUGUGGGCGGAGCAGCACUGCUCGCUCGUUGAGAUGAGACCUGCGGUUCUUAAUUCUCUGCGAGUUCUCUGCACCACCACGGACAUCCUUACGAGUCCUGAGCGCUUGGCGGAGGAGGCGCGCGCCGCUGCAGCCUCCGCUGCUGUCAAGCGUGAGCCGUCAUAACUCCAGUGGUACCACCCACCGCCCACCGCCGCCGAUCGCAACGUCACCACCAUCUCCACGCUCGUUGUGCUCAGUACUACAUUUAUGAAUUAAAAUACUCGAUACGUUCAGUUUUCGGUCAAUAAUCAUCCUCGUACUAGGCACAUCGGCUCUUGAACUUUGGCUUUUGCCUAGCUGUCUCUUACAAGUCAGAAUUGUUAUAUUAUCAUUGUUUACAAAUUACUAAAUUCAUAUACAACAUGCAUAAACAUGCAGGCAACUUUUCGGCAGCUCAUUUAAGGAAUUAAUGUAAUCAAUUCUCACUUGUAUUGGACCUGUCUGUAAAAUAAUUGAUAUAAGCAUUUUGUACAAGUUGAUCCGAUGAUGAUUGUGUCUCGAUGUUUUUGAAAUUUAUUUUUCUUGUAAGUAAGCAUUUUUCAUAUAGCACUAUCGUCGGUUCUCUAAAAAAUUGUUUAAAUAUCUCAUUAUAUACUUUUAAAACCUUCUUAAAGUAAUAUUGAUCGUAAUUUAAAAUAAAAUCUGUGAAAUGUUUUUAAUGAUAUAUGUGAGUCGGAAAUAUCGUAUAUUUUGUGCCUAAAUAUAUUAUAAUACUCAAAAAACAUAUAUACACAUAUGGCGGUGCAGUGGCUUAACUUUUGUGCAAUUAAUUGGUGUUCACAAAAAAAAAACUAACGCACAAAAUAGUCUAACGCUGUCCGGUCAUUGACCUUAUUUUCUAAUGUUUUUGUAUGUACGGAAUGUUAAAUUUUCAGACCUACAAGCUCAAUUUACCAUCAACGAAUCCACUUGCAUUGAAGCGUUAUGUUUGUAACAUUUGCCUUAAAAGUCGUGCCUUAUAGAGACGUUAAAUAGUUUCCAUAUAUCUGCCAAAGACUAAAACAUUUGUUGAGUUAUCUUAUCUGAACGGUGACUUAAUCCACACUACACGGCCACCUCGACUCCCCCGUGAAUACCAAUAUAGAAGUAAGACAAAGGAAAUAAAAUAAAAGAGAAUUUAUUAAAUAUAUCAAACACGUCGAGAUUUAAUUUAGAGAUGGAAGUAUAUUUACGAAAGUAAGUUACUUUAAGUAAAUAUUUUUAUAUCGUUUGUGUUUAAGACACAAUUAUUUUUAUAUAAAUUGUAUAAAUCGGUGCCAACGUAAAUAUUGUUGUAAUUUUGUUAUGUUAUGUAUAAUUUUAUGAUUCGUCGACUCGUGCCCCGGAGCAGGUCGUGUCGAGGCGCUCGUCCUCGACUAAGCUUUAACGAGUUAUUUCGAUUGUUGUUCUAUUGGAAAUAUAGUUUGGAAUGAUAUUUUCA